UGUCAGCCUCUUCAUGAUCGCGAAGUUUGGAUAAAUGGGUAUUUUCAAUACAUUCUUCCAACUGAGUCAAUAACUGAUGAUGGAAAGCUUGUUCCUGUUGGUCGUGCAUGUCCGUUUCUUUACCCAACAUCUUGCUUGGUGUGCGGGGAAUCUACUUUGAAAACAUUGAACAGCUCAAAAGUUAUACUCAUCACAUCUGAAGGUUGUUUUGACCUCAAUUGGUUUAACAUACACUGUUCAUCAUGUACUUGGCAAUGGUCACCAAAUUCGUUUGACUGUAUAGUUCAAAGUGGGUUUUGGCCAGGAAGUCCUGCCAAUGUAAACUACUUGUUUCAUCAAGAGCUGUUUCUUCUUUGGGAUGCCUUCCGGAAGCAAAUGCCAGGCUCCUCACAAACUGCUUUUAUUAGAAGCUUGGAAGACAUGUCUCACUCCAAAAAAAAGGGCAGAUGUAAUUACUGCAGCAACAUUUAGGAAGGCCUUUGCAGAGUGGUGCUAUUGUCAAUUUGAACUGGCUUCGCUACAACUUCAAGAUUGGAGAAAAUGCCCACCAUGCAGUGUUGACCAACACUCUUGUCAUAUUGAUGGCAACCACAAGGUUUAUAGAUAUGAUAAAGUAUCAAGGGGUACAAGUCCUUCUUAUUACAAUGACCAUCUGAUUGUCGAAAAUGCGAAAGUAGAUUCUCAUAUAAGAAGCUUGAGUUCCAAAAUCACGAAGAAACAUAUGAAAGAAGAUAGUUUUUGUGGUGAUACACAUUGGAAAGCUGCAAAAGCUGUGUCGAAAGCGAAGAAGAACCAGGAUGAAACUGGAUUGAUAGUAUCUGGAACACACACAGAAUCCGCCCGACACAUCCGCACUCAAACGUUGGACCGUCAUUGA